AUAAUGAUUUAACAUCACACGCUCUUGGCUUGCACAUUUCGUAGCCAUUUCAUUCGUCGAUUCACUGGAGCAGAUAUUAGACUGGAAAAUAAACGCCAAAAUGAGAAAAUUCGAUCCAUGGCCAGUGUUCUUCAGGAGAGAAUUCAGUCGCAACUGGCCUUUCCUUGUUGGCUUCGCUAUUACGGGCACCAUCAUAACCAAGUUCUCCCUCAGCCUCUCUGAGGAGGAUGCGAAGAACUCGCCCUUUGUGCAAAGGCACGGGAAGUAA